UGUGUAUUUUAGAACUUAAUGUGUAUAAUAUUUAAAAAUGGAUACAAAAUUUUGGAUGUUUUUGCUGUUUUUCGCGCCAUAUCUGUCUGAUUCCGUAUCAGGCGUUAGUACAAUAGACAUUUUUUUAUCAUCAAAACAAAAGGCUUCGCACCCGAAGUACCACGAUACACAAAAUACAAGAUCAAUUUCCAGCAACGUGAAUAAUGACACUAUCGAAAAAAUCACGAAUUGGAAAAUCCUUUUUAAAGAUUUUAAAAAGAUGAAACGUUACAAGAGAACAACAAUGUUACUAUCACAACAUUUUAGCGAAACAACAGUGACGCCUGGUGUUGACAUAAGUCUCCAGUGCGUCGUCAAUGGUCCUCAUCCAGCAAGAUUUGUUUGGGAAAGGGACGGUGUUGUCAUCUCUUCCAAUACAGAUUCAAGGUAUUCAAUUGGUCAAACCAUGACUACAGACGGUGGUGUCACAACUCAACUAAACAUCUCGCAUGUGAGAGUGGACGACGGUGGUCGGCUCGCUUGUGUCGCUCAGCUUGGUGAUGUUAUUAUAUCACAUGAAGAUAGAAUUAAUGUUUAUGGUCCACCCUAUAUUCGCACUUUGCCACCCUUCAAAGUUCAAAGCGGUCAAAGUGUCACUCUCAGAUGCCCGUACUAUGGAUACCCGAUACGAGAAAUAACAUGGGAGUACAAAGGAAAAGAAAUAAUCCCGGAAGCAACACAAUCGCGUUACAAAAGAUUCAUUAACAACACGGCUCUUAGCAUAGAAAUAUUCGGUCGGAAACCGAAAUUAAGAAGCAAAAGGGAUUUAGCGACGGUCUCUAAAGAUGGUGUAUUAAAUGUAAAUAAAGUUAGUAAAAGUGAAAAUGGUGGACUAUUCGCUUGCAUAGUAAAGAGUCCGUCAGGUGAAAUGGCGAAAAGAUCUUUCGAAUUACAAGUCGUGGAGGCACCUCAGUUGGAAGAGAUACUAUUAGCAUCAGAUCUUCAAGAGGGACAGAUAGUCCAAAUACAUUGUAAUUUAAAGAGUGGAGAUUCACCUGUUUAUUAUUCUUGGUUGAAAGAUGGAAAGAAAAUAUCAACUCAUCUUAAGAUCGUCGAGAGGAGCCUGGAAGUAUUCAGUGUACUCAUCAUCAAGAAUGUCUCUUUGGAACACUGCGGUACUUACACAUGUGUUGCGGCGAACCACGUCGCUAAAGUCAACAGAACAGUCAACUUGUACAUUAAAGUUGCGCCGAAGUGGAACGAAGAACCUCAGAAUUCGUCUCUACUUUUGGGAAGGAACGGUCACGUAUCCUGCAGUGCUAAUGGAUAUCCACAGCCGCAAACACACUGGUUGAAGAAAGACGUGAUAUCGGAAACAUGGCGACCAGUUCUGGAAGUCGCUGGUGGUGGAGUUUUGAGUCUGUCCAAUGGAUCUCUAAUAUUCGAUUCCGUCGCUCUAUCAGACGCUGGUCUUUAUACAUGCCACGUUGAAAAUGGUGUCGGAGAAGCUCUUGGCAAAACAAUUUGGAUAUCCGUCAAUAAACCGGUAACAUUUGACAUAGUAUCAAGAAAUUUAACUGCAAAAUUGGGUCAACAUGUAACAAUAGAAUGCCAGGCCAAGGGAGAUGACCCGAUAAGAAUCAUGUGGACGAGAAACGGGAAACCGAUUAAUCCUUUGACUCAAAGAGUUAAGAUAUCUGAAGCUAAAACAGAUGACGGAAUGGCAAGUAUAUUAGAACUGCUUCAAACAGAAACGAGUGAUGGAGCGUUAUACCAAUGUAAGGCUGGCAAUCCCUUUGGAGCUGACGUGUUCAGUGUUUAUCUAACUAUAUUACAGCCUCCAAUCCCGCCGUCAGAUCUGUCUGUGGAUUCAAUCCGCAGUCGCUCAGUGAAGGUCUCCUGGCGCGACUCGUCUCGGUCGCUGGCGCAGUUCUACAGCGUGCAGCUCGCCAACUCACUCAGAGUUUCGUGGACUACCGCCAGGACCAUUAAUGUUACGAGGCUGGACGAAAUCCGUCACUCCAUCGACAUUGAAGAUCUACAACCAGCUACAAGCUACGUAGCAAGAGUCGCAGGCGGGAACCAGGCUGACCUCAGCUCAUACUCCACACCCGUUAGAUUUACCACCACUGAAGAAGCUCCAUCGUCACCGCCUCUCGGAGUUCAACUGGAACAAACCGACACACCCGGGGAAUUGAGAGCGAGAUGGCUGCCACCCCCCGCGGACGCGCACAACGGACUCAUACUUGGAUACCGACUGAGGGCCGUGCCACAGAUAAGCGGAAUAAGCGAAAAUCAAGAAAAUAAUGAUAAAAUAAUUAAAACAUUAUCACUGUAUUCCAAACAAGAAUCAAUUAUCACCGGUCUAUUAAAAGGCGUCAGGUAUUCAGUUUCAAUAGCCGCCUUCAACGGAGCUGGAAACGGACCCUUCUCGAUUCCACUCUUCCAAGACACCAGGGAAGGAGCCCCAGAAGAAGGUCCAACGUCAGUUGAAUGUGGAGGAGUCACGUCCACCGCCCUGCGUAUUAGUUGGCAGCCCAUACCCCCCUACAAACAGGCCGGAGCCCUCAUUGGGUACUCUGUGUUGUACGCUGCUCAAGGUCGUCAUUCGCAAAACGCCACAUCCUUAGUGACGGAACUCCGUUUGCAAGGGCUCACCAAGUACACUAACUAUACGGUCAAAGUGGCGGGUUUCUCCAACUACGGCACAGGACCGUAUUCCUACCCCAUUGUUUGCGCGACGCUUCAAGACGUACCAGACGCACCAGCGGAAAUAAAACUAUUGACACAGUCAUCAACAGCGCUUCUCGUGAGCUGGAAGAAGCCAAAGCAACCUAAUGGUCGUUUACUUCACUACACAGUUUACUGCAAACCGACAGCCAGUAAUGAUGGUCCACAAAUACACCGCGUUGACGUCGAAGCGGACACGGAACCAUACGAACAAACACAAAGUCUGGAAUUGAAAGGUCUGUACGAGGGACGUCAGUAUGAUGUCUGGGUGACUGCUAGCACCGCUGUGGGAGAAGGACCAGAGAGCCGACGGGUUACCAACACUCCCUCUCAACGAGUGGUGGCGGGCGUGUGGUCGCUGGGCGGCGAGGUGCGCGUGGCGGUGCGGCGCGCGCUGCCGCUGUCGUGUCGCAGCGUGGGCGCGCCGCCGCCGCGCACCGUGUGGUACCACAACCACAACAUCAUCACGCACCACCCGCGGUUCACCAGGAACAAGGAUGACAGCCUACUCAUCAAAAGUAUAGAUCAAUCCCUCAGCGGCAACUACACUUGCUUAGCGAAGAACUUGUACGGGUCCGACUCGGUUGUUUAUUCCGUGAAAGUUCUGCCUCUGCCUGAUCCUCCGAGCUUGAGAACGACGCCUUACAAAGAUUCCAUUGUUGUGAAAUGGGAUGAAAUCAAGACUGCGAACGAUUCAACAAGCUACGGAAUAAGUUACAAUCUAACAUGGCGUGAAGAAGAUGGUCUCUGGCAAGAAGCCUGGCCGGCUAUCAGAGAGACGAGAGUCGCUGGUUUACAGCAACACACAAUAUCGGGGCUCAAGUGUGGCACCAAGUACUCAAUAAGAGUGACGGCCACUGACAGCGUCGGUACAUCUGCGCCUGCGCACGUCGAUGUCAUGACCCUUGGCGGAGCUCCAAUAGCACCUCCCACAACCGACUGGCUGUGGAGCAAUGCGUCUCACAUUUACAUACAACUGAGCGGGUGGGACGACGGUGGCUGUGACGUCACCAAGUGGGACGUGGAAUAUCGCUUACUUGGCAGCAGUUUCUGGCAUCACGCUGAGAAUAUGGCGUCAGCGGACGGGGCCGCGGGGUGGGGCUACUCGCUGGGCGGCUCGUUCGCGGUGGGCGCGCUGCAGGCGGCGCGCUGGUACCAGCUGCGCGUGGCGGCCGCCAACGACGCCGGCCGCGCCGCCGCGCUCUACACGUACGCCACCAAGACGGCGGAGGGCGAGGAAAUAGGACCCCCGUCUGAGUUCUUCGACUUGAAUAUGCUGGUUAUAACAUGCAGUUCCAUACUCCUCGUUUUAUGUCUGCUGGCCUUCACUUGCAUAUUACUGAGGAGACAGAGACAAAAUUAUGCAUCUCAAUAUCGUCAUUCCAUUGCCGAUGAGGUGAAAUCCAGGAAUGAGAGUGUCGCCUCCCAUUCUGAGCACAAGGAGAGGUACGCGCACACCCCUCGAAUAUACACGUCACCUGUUCAUCCUAGGAAGAGUAAAAAUGAAAUGUUCGAAAUAAGUCCAUACGCGGAAUUCGCACUUGGAUUCAGAACAUUCGACCACGUGGAAAACCAAGACUUGCCUAGCAGACUGCCAAGCAGACCCAGAUUUGAUACUGAAACCAGUUUUCAAACUCGAUCCGAAUCCGAUGACAGCGACAGCACGUCAAAGGCAACCGUGUCAGGAAUGCCUAGACGCCACUGCCGAACUCCGCAUAACAGAUAAAAAUUGAACCUUUGUUUCAAUACAAUCGACUAAUAUUUGCUGGAAAUUUUUAAUCUGUUGAACAUUUAAAAAAAACUGGGAACAAUUUCUGCUAACGGCUAUGUAAAUCAAAAUAUUAACAUUUGUAAUUCGAAUGAAAAAUGUUUCGUUAAAUUUUUCGUAUAUCGAUAUUGGAAUGUGAAUUUCGAUAUUCAAAUUUCGAAUUUUUUUUCGUUUGUUUUUUUUUUUAUAUUUAUGUAUCAUAUAUAUUUAAAAUCCGAUAAAAUGUUCCCAGCACUGC